UAGUACUAACUAAUAGUGAAUUGAACUGUAGUAAAUACCUUUACUAUGAUAGCGUCAGAAACACCACAGUAUGCCACAGUAUUCUUUAAUGUGGGCUGUUGUCCUCAUAACAUGCAUUACAGUAAACAUCAGUAAAGCAGACAAGCUCGCACGUCAGCUCAGAAGGGAGGCACACUAUCUUUAACAGUACAUCCACUGCAUAUGAGCUAUGUAGUCACCACACGGUGGAGCAAAGAAACGCCAAAGUUUUUCGCACUUCUGAACCGAGCACCAAAGUUAAGGAACUGCAAAAAUUCGGCGCGCAUCUCUUCUUACAAGAGCCAAACAUAACAAAUUUCCAAACGGAUUAAAAUUCACAGCAAAUGUGUUGCUUUCCCCAGAUAAUAAAUGAGUAACCCUUGUUCAAUGUGCGGAUUGCGAUGAUCGUGUCCAACUUGACUGUGAUCAGUUGCAGGAGGACGAACAGCUCGCUGUGUCUCAGUGCAGUUGAUGGACAUUUGGACGCGUCCUCCCCCUAUCGCACCCUGAGCUCCACCGGGCACCUGCUCGUGGCGGUGUGCUUGGGCUUCAUCGGCAGUUUAGGAUUCCUCAACAACCUCUUGGUUCUCGUGCUGUUCUGUCGCUACAAGGUGCUGCGGUCACCUAUUAACUUUCUGCUGGUGAAUAUUUCCUUAAGCGAUCUACUGGUGUGCGUACUUGGGACUCCGUUUAGCUUCGCGGCGAGCACUCAAGGGCGAUGGCUCAUCGGAAAAACUGGAUGUGUGUGGUAUGGCUUUGUCAACUCGUUGUUAGGCAUUGUGUCCCUCAUCUCACUGGCUGUGCUGUCAUACGAGCGCUACUGCACAAUGAUGGGCUCCACGGAGGCUGAUGCCACAAACUACAGGAAGGUGGCCGGUGGAGUGGUGAUGUCCUGGCUCUACUCUUUGAUCUGGACUGUGCCUCCUCUAUUUGGCUGGAGCAGCUAUGGUCCUGAAGGCCCUGGAACCACUUGCUCUGUGGACUGGACAACCAAGACGGCCAAUAACAUCUCUUACAUCAUUUGCCUCUUUAUAUCCUGCCUAAUUGCCCCCUUUCUGGUCAUAGUCUUCUGCUAUGGUAAGCUGCUGCAUGCCAUUAAACAGGUCACCAGUGUGAACACUUCUAUGAGCCGAAAACGAGAGCACCGGGUUCUUCUCAUGGUGAUCACCAUGGUGAUCUUCUACCUGCUCUGCUGGUUACCGUAUGGGAUCAUGGCUCUACUGGCCACUUUUGGGUCACCAGGGCUGGUGACUGCAGAAGCUAGCAUUGUCCCUUCUAUCCUAGCGAAGUUCAGCACCGUCAUCAACCCCAUCAUCUACAUCUUCAUGAACAAACAGUUCUACAGGUGUUUCAGAGCUCUUGUGCAAUGUAACAAACUCCAGAGAGGUUCCAGUCUCAAAAGUUCUUCAAAGGCAACUAAACCUUUUCGCCCGGGACGGCACAUAGACAACAACUUUACUUUUGUAGUUGCAUCAGUUGGACACACAAUGGCCCCCAACCAAGCAAACCCAGGGGAGGAGCAGGGCCCUUCAUCAGUUGAUAAUGUCAAGCCUGUAGUAGUGGCCCUGGUGGCCCAUUACAAUGGCUGAAAAUGUCAGCACGUAAAGAAAUGUUCACACAUAAUGAGGGAAAUGCAGUGCGAGUUUUGGAGGAUUUUACAGGGUUAUGGAAAAAUAUUAGAAUCCAAAAGGACAAAAUGAGAGUGGGACUGUGUGAAAGUUUAUGUUUAUGGCAUCCAACAACAGAUCACUUAUGGUAAUUUAAGCUGUUUGUAUUUUUUUAAAUAUUCUGCAGGUGUUGAAGGCUAUUUAUGUUAAAAUGUUCAGCAACAUACGCAAUAGAGUACACUGCAACUCUUUUUGAGGGAUGUUUUAAAAACUUUUAUGAGUGGAAUAAAACUGUUUUUCAUACAGUAUAUUUUUUUGAAAAAAUAAAUAAAAAUAGAUAGGGAAGUUGCAUAUACAUUGAUGAUUGUCUAUGUAGGCCUGAUGAAUGUUAUUUGUACUGUAGAUCCUGUGUUUUUGUUGUACAGAGUUUUUGUUUGUUAAAAUGACACAGAAGUCCACUUCCGACUGAGAUGAAAGAUUUUGUCAUUCUUAUUCUAAUGAUUCUAUUUAGUUUGAACAAUCAGGGGCGUCACUAAUGGGUAAAGUUACGACGAUUUGGGGUUAUGGCUUGUUUCUGCAUUUCCGGCAAAACUACCCCCCCCCAUUCACUGCAUGGUUUUGUCCAGUCUAUUAAUAAAGUAUAAAUAUGAAAUAUAAAGUGCAAAUGUAAGGGGUCUGCAACAGGUGUUACAUUCAAUUUGGUUUACAAAUUUUCACAAAAAAAAAUAAAAAAAGAAGCAAGAAAGGAAACUAAAUACCACAUUGAUGGACAGUUUUUAAUGAUUUGCUAAUAUGUUUAUUAUAAUACAGUGGUCCUCUUUUUAACAUUUUUGCAUUUGCUAACAGUGCUACAAUAAAUGAAUGUAGUUAGUUUAUUAGUUUAUAUAACUUUAGAUUUUUCUGAGAAAAAUAUUGGCAUUGAUAUACACAGCUGAAUAUAAAGAUAAAAAGAUACAAAAUUUACAACAUUCACUGAUCUCCCUUGCAUUUGAUUUCAAAGAUAGCAUCAACACCAACAGACUUUUUGACUUUGAAGUAAUUUUUUUAAUUGACUCAUUUUUGGUGUCUGAUUUGAGAUUUAUGGGUCGAUGACAAAACAAUCUCUUAAAAGUGUAUUUAAAAGAAUCUUUGAAUGCAUUAUUUUUGAUUGAGAAACAAUUUGAUUAAAAAGUUUUGUUUAUUGAACAUUUCAGUACAUUUAAAUGAUGAUUUAAUAAUGCUUUUUCAUAAUAUUUUGAUGCCCCCAGUCAAAAAAAUGUCAGAUACAACCAAUCAUUGUAUUUGCCAGAUAAUUUGUAAGUCAAGUAAGAAAAACAAAUACUAUGUACAGUCAACUGUGUGGUUACCAUCAUUUAUCAAAAUAUAUUUUUGUGUUCAACAGAUUAAAGAACUUCAUACAGGUUUUGAACAGCAUGAGGGUGAGUUAAAGAUGACAGAAUAUUCAUUUUUGGUUGAACUUUUAACACUAGUGCACCAUGAACUAACAUGAAUACCUGUAUUGACAUUAACAAUAAUUAAUACAUGCUGAUAAACUAUAUCUGGCAAACAAACAAUGGGUCUCAUUCACUAAGCAUGCGUACGCACAAAUUUGUUCGUAAAAUGUGUGUACAGAUGUUUUAACUUACAAAUCAUGGUUCAACAAAAACUUUCAUACUAAAAUUAAAUUUGAAAUAUAUGCAAAAACGUAAGAACAACCCCACACGUACGCAAUAAUCAAGGAA